AUGAUGGGCGCACUGUCACUCAGCUUUCUCACAUUAGUGCUUCUGACCUCAACCGUUUUGGCUGGUGAAAUAAAUAAAGAAGACUUCCUAAAGAGCCAUCUGAAGGAGUAUGGCCUGGUCACACCUAUCAGCACAGACUCAGGGGGACACUUUUUGUCCCACCUCCUCUCAGCCAAUCACAAACAGCGUGUUAAGCGUAAUGUGCCAUCUAGCUCAAUGCCAACAGAUGAGAGACUCUUCUUCAAUGUCACUGCUUUUGGCAAAGAUUUUCACCUGCGCCUGUGGCCUAAUAGCAGACUGGUGGCACCUGGAGCCACGGUGGAAUGGCAUGACGAGACACCAGAGCCUGGCAACAGCACAGAAAAUGGUACUCACUCAGUGAGCAUUCUUAAAAAAGAACAAUUAAAGUCAGACUGCAAUUUUAUAGGAGACAUAACAGAUGUACCUGGAGCUUCUGUUGCCAUUAACAACUGUGACGGACUGGCCGGCAUGAUCCGUACAGACUCUGAUGAAUACUUCAUUGAGCCAUUGGAGCAUGGCACACAGGAAAAUGAAGAAAACGGACGAACGCAUGUGGUGUACCGAAGAUCUGCUGUUGUACAAUCCACAUCAGACGUGUCAGUGGACUACCAGCCACCCGAGCAUUUUAGAUCAGUUGGCCUACAAGGCAUGCCUGAUCUCAGUGUGCCACAUGCACUGAACAACAUCGCCAAACAAGUAAAUCAUACGUCCAGGAGACGCAGACAUGCCAGAGAUGAUGACUACAAUAUUGAGGUGCUGCUGGGGGUUGAUGACUCUGUGGUGCGAUUUCAUGGGAAGGAGCAUGUGCAGAAUUAUCUGCUGACCCUCAUGAACAUUGUGAAUGAGAUAUACCAUGAUGAGUCACUUGAUGUGCACAUCAACGUAGUUCUGGUGAGAAUGAUCAUGCUUGGCUAUGCAAAGUCUAUUAGCCUUAUUGAACGUGGUAACCCAUCCAGAAGUCUGGAGAAUGUGUGCCGCUGGGCAUUCGUGCAGCAGAAGGAGGACCCUGAACACUCUGAGCAUCAUGACCAUGCCAUCUUUCUUACACGCCAAGGCUUUGGCCCUACUGGCAUGCAAGGCUAUGCUCCUGUCACUGGGAUGUGCCAUCCAGUUCGCAGCUGUACACUCAACCAUGAAGACGGCUUCUCCUCUGCCUUUGUUGUGGCCCAUGAAACUGGACAUGUACUUGGCAUGGAGCAUGAUGGACAGGGCAAUCGCUGUGGUGAUGAGACUGCCAUGGGGAGUGUCAUGGCCCCUCUGGUGCAAGCUGCUUUCCACCGCUAUCACUGGUCCAUGUGCAGUGGCCAAGAACUGAAGAGACACAUUCAUUCCUAUGACUGCUUACUGGAUGAUCCCUUCAAGCAUGACUGGCCCCAGCUUCCUGAACUCCCUGGCAUCAAUUACUCCAUGGAUGAGCAGUGUCGUUUUGAUUUUGGAGUUGGAUACAAGAUCUGCACAUCAUUCCGCACAUUUGAUCCAUGCAAGCAGCUGUGGUGCAGCCAUCCAGACAACCCUUAUUUCUGCAAGACCAAAAAGGGACCCCCGCUGGAUGGUACCGAGUGUGCGCCCGGCAAGUGGUGCUACAAAGGUCACUGCAUGUGGAAAAAUGACAACCUGGUGAAGCAGGAUGGAGCCUGGGGUGCAUGGACCAAGUACGGGUCAUGCUCACGCUCCUGCGGGACAGGGGUGCGCUUCAGGACACGUCAGUGCAACAACCCAGCUCCAUCAAAUGGUGGUCAGGACUGCCCAGGAGUAAACUAUGAGUUCCAGCUAUGCAACACAGAUGAUUGCCCCAAACACUUUGAGGACUUCAGAGCCCAGCAGUGUCAGCUCCGCAACUCCCACUUUGAGUACCAAAACACCAAACACCACUGGCUCCCCUAUGAGCAUCCAGAUGCCAGCAAGAGAUGCCACCUGUACUGCCAGUCGAAAGAGACAGCCGACGUGGCAUACAUGAAGCAGCUGGUGCACGAUGGCACACGGUGCUCCUACAAAGAUCCAUACAGCAUCUGCGUGCGGGGAGAGUGUGUGAAAGUGGGCUGCAAUAGAGAGAUUGGCUCCAACAAGGAGGAGGAUAAAUGUGGUGUGUGCGGGGGCGACAAUUCCCACUGCAGAACUGUGAAAGGAACCUUCACCCGUACCCCGAAGAAAGCUGGUUACCUAAAGAUGUUUCUCAUCCCCCCGGGGGCUAGACAUGUGAUUAUCCAAGAAAAUGAGGCCUCUCCUCACAUUCUUGCGGUUAAGAACCAGGCCACAGGACAUUAUAUUCUAAACGGUAAAGGAGAGGACGUGAGGUCACGCAGCUUCAUUGACCUAGGAGUGGAGUGGGAUUAUGUCAUUGAGGAUGAUGUGGAGACUCUGCAUACAGAAGGCCCGUUACACAAUGCAGUCAUUGUUCUGAUUAUACCAAAAGACAAUGAGACAAGAUCAACACUGAUGUAUAAAUACAUCAUUCAUGAAGACUCAGUCCCCAUAAACAAUAACAAUGUUAUUCAGGAAGACACCUUCGAAUGGGCUUUAAAGAGCUGGUCUCAGUGCUCUCGACCUUGUGCUGGAGGCUUUCAGUACACUAAAUACGGAUGUCGUAAAAAAGGUGAUAACAAGAUGGUUCACAGGAGCUACUGUGAUAUCAGCAAGAAGCCCAAACCCAUACGCAGAAUGUGCAAUCUCCAAGACUGCACACAACCACAAUGGAUAACUGAGGAGUGGGAGCACUGUACUAAGACAUGUGGAAGUUUAGGAUACCAGAUUCGUACUGUACUCUGCGUUCAGUUUCUGCACGAGGGCACAAACCGCUCCGUUCACAGCAAGUACUGCAGCGGAGAGAAACCUGAGACCAGGCGUCCCUGCAACAGACUGCCCUGUCCCGCCCAGUGGAGGAUUGGAGCCUGGUCUGAGUGCUCAGUGACCUGUGGUGAGGGAGUGGCACGACGCCUGGUUACAUGCCGUACUGGAGAUCAGUGUGCUGGUGAAAAACCAGAAUCGCAAAAGUCAUGCCGGCCAGGACCCUGUCAUGAUGAGCCGUGUAGGGGAGACAAGUCCAUAUUCUGCCAGAUGGAAGUCCUCGCUCGGUACUGCUCUAUCCCUGGCUACAGUAAGCUGUGUUGUGAAUCAUGCAGUAAGCGCACUCUCUCUACUCUCAUGACUGAAGCUGCUGAGGUUGGGGAGGAGUUGCGCUUUGGCUCAGCCUCACAGCUUCUUGAGACCCUCACAGCUUCCAUCAAUGGCACCCUCAAACACCAUAUUCAAACAUCCAACAAGCCGGGUCGCUCAAGCAAGCCAAACUCCACCAGUGCACCUCCUAACUUAAACGGUGAGGGCAAAACUCCAAAACGUGUGGCACAGGCCACCAAUCCCAGCAACAGAAACCUGCCAGCUUUGGGAGUUCGCAUGCAACGUGAUUCUGCCAGUGCAUCACAGCACUCAGACAGUCUCCGAGACAUUUCCAAAGUGGAAAGAUGAACAAGUUUAUUAGUUUUUCUUUAUGGACCUUUUUUAGAUGUACAUGUAGCUUUAUUCUUUAUCUUUAUUCAGGUCAUCCCUGUAAGAAGUUUAGAAAAUAGUGAGAAAGUAAAGUGCUGGUUCACUUUUUGUAGGUCAUGGUCAUUGUAGAAUUACCUUAGUCAUCUACAUAUUGCUGCUUUUUGGGGAAAGUACACCAAAGAUUUCCCGUCGAACAGCUAGACCUACAAGGGUUUUGCACAUUAGCUUAUGAUAAAAAUGCCAGUGGAACUUAUUAGGAAAUGCUUCUAGUUAUAGAGAACUUUAGAAACCAACUUUUCUGGGUCCAGAUGUUGUAUUAAAAAAAGGAAUAUUUGUGAAUGUUCAUGUAAAUACUUUGUGUGAACAUCAGUAUUAUUUUUUUCUAAAAUGGUGCAAAAUAAUAU